UUUUGACACGGCGUAAAGAAGGGACCCUGAGAGUAACGUGAGCUGGGCUGCUGUAGGAAUUAAAUUAUAACGGAGGAAAACGCGGCCAGAGGCGGACACACGGCACUGAAAACAGUGUAGCUGCUGGAUGGAAGAAGAUGCUCUCCACUCUCCUCCUGGAUCUUCUAACUCACAUCAUUAGCUUUGUGUAGAGCCUUCUCAGACAAACUCUUCUCCAGCCAGAACAAACUUAUUGACACACUAAUAUUUGCUGCUAGCAUUACUGAAAUCAUGGCAAACGUGUGCCCUUACGGCUACUUCACCCACGCCGUGGUGCGGGGCGUCCCGGAGACCUUUGGGAAGCCGGCGGCGGAUGGACGCGAGAACGGGGAGGCCUCGGUGGACCUGGCCAAAGCUCAGCGUCAGUUCGGCUGCCUGACCGGAGCGCUGAGGCAGAAGGUGGGCCUCCAGCUGAUCGAGAUCCCCCCCGACCCCGAGCUGCCGGAGAGCUGGAGGAUAGAGGACGUGGCCGUGAUCCAGGGGGACAUGGCCCUCAUCACCAGACCCUUCAAACAGCAGAGACGCAGCGAGGUGGAGGCAGUGAGGAGGGUGAUGUCGGAGCUCAACCUCACCGUGGUGGAGAUGGGGGGUGAGGAGGGGGACUCUGGAGGGGCCACGCUGGAGGGCAGCGACGUCCUCUUCACGGGGAGGGAGUUCUUUGUCGGCAUCUCGUCCCACACCAACCGCAGAGGAGCCGAGGUGCUCGCUGACACUUUCAGGGACUUUGCUGUGUCCACUGUCCCCGUCUGCGGAGGAGCCCGACUGAAGAACAUCUGCUCCAUGGGAGGUCCAGACACGAUCAUCAUCAGCAACAGCGAUGGAGCCAAGAAGACGCUCCGGAUGAUGGAACAGCUGACUGAUCACCACUAUGAAGUGCUCAGUGUCCCGGAGGAAUCGGCCGCAAACUGCAUCUACAUCAAAGGUCCAUCUAAGCGGGACUUCCUGCUGCACAGGCCUGCAGAGGAAUGUCCUGACAGCGCUUCACCGGUCCGCUCCCCGAGGGACCCGGCGUCGUCCCUGGCCGCUGCAGCCGUGCUCCCCCAGGUGCAGAGCGCCGGCGUGUGCCUCCCCCCUCGACUCCCGCCCCCCGGAGCCCGCCUUUCCCCCCUCCCUCUCAGUUUGUGA